AUGGUGUUAGUUUUUGGAGAUGCAAAAGGAAUUCUGCUGAUAUGUUACCGUUACACAGAAAGCAGAUCAUGCACGGACCAAAUCAACACCUCAAGGAUAAUUACUGAGCAAUCCUUAGAAUACUGGUCUCCUUUUUACCUGGCUUUUGCUGACUUUGAAAAAGCCUUUGAUAGGGUGCAGCAUGAAGCCAUCUGGCAAACAAUGCAGAGCUACAAAGUACCUCCAAAGAUCAUCAUGAAGAUGAUAUGGUGUCAUGAAGAACAGAACUCAAGAGAAAAGAAAGGAAGAAUUAUACAGUGUACUAUAUAUGAUCGCCUAGAGGACCUGGAGUUUACAAACAACAUCUGUCUCCUGACCCAUGUUUUCAAGGAUAUGAGUGAGAAGCAGAAGCUCAGAGAGCUGUAUUAA